AAGCUGUUGGAGCUGGGGGGGCGGUGAAGGUACAGAGACUACCCCCCUCCAUGCCCUCCCCUACCUCCUCAAGGCACCCGCAUGCUCGGGGCUGAGCAGAGGGGGAGGGCUCCCUCAUCUUCUAAAACCCAUCCUGGGCUGUGCUCAGACCCCUGCCUCGCCGGAGGCUGGGGGUGGAGGCGCCUGCCUGUGGGGGCAGGCAGGCAAUUGAGGAAGAGGAAGUCAGGGCAGAGUUGGGUCACCCUGCGGUUACCCCGGGCUCUGGCCCACAGAUGCUCCCCUCCGCGGGGCCAGCUCAGAACCCUAACCAUGGGCUGUGGGGGCUGUGGGAGUUAAGUGGCCGAACUGGGUACCCACCACAGCCACUACGACGACGACGACGACGACGCUCCUUCUGCGAAAGGCUCAGUCCAAGACUCAAGGUCAAGUCAGGACACCCUCCUGACCUGGAGGGCAAGGAAGGUGGCCCAGUUUGGCCAAGCACCCCAUGAUUGUGCUCUGAAAGGAUCUGAGUCCAAGUCAUGUGCUCAGCCCUUUGACUCUGGAGCUGCAGACUCCGCCAACAAGAGCAGCAGUGGACGCUGGAGGCCAGAGUGCCCAGACUUCUCUGCCAUGGGGGAUGAGCAGGAGGAUGGAAUUCCAGGGCCGCUCGGCAAGAGUGCAGAGGACCUCAGCCUGGAUCUGGGGGCCCUUCAGGGCAGCGUGUAUCUCCAGGACCUGGGCCUGGAGGUCCCUUCACCCAGCCAACCUGGAGGAGCCGGGGGCAGCGGCACCCCUAGCGAAGAAGUUGGAACAGACUCACCCUUCUCCUCCUCGGCUGGAUCCCAGGGCCUGCAGCGGAGACGCAGCUGGGAGAGGUCACGGAGCUGCUCUGAAACCUGGCAGAGGCUCAGCCUUGAUGCCUCAGCUGAGACCCAGGGGUCCUGUCUCCCCAGGACACUGGCCAGCCUGGCUCUGAACUUGCCAGAAGAGGGCCUACAGGCCUGGACCCAAGCAUGUCUGCCUGGGGGCAGCACCCCCAUAGAGCAACCGAGCAAGCAGGAAUGUGACAGCCCUGAGAAAAGAGUGAGAUCACGGUCAGUUCCCAUGUCCUUCGAUGAGAUCAACUCCCUAGAAAUCUUUCCCGCUUUGGAAGUGCCCGCUCCAGCUGUUCAAGGCUUGGCUCCACCAGUGCUGGAGUGCAUGGAAAAAGACCACGUGGAGCCGGAUCACGUGUUGAUUGUCCAGCAGGUGCUUCAAGAACUCCGAGAGUACCAUGGGGCCCGGCAGAGGGCUCGCUUGUCGGUCAGCCCCAGAGGGACCCAUUCGAACCUCACCUGGUUUGAGUUCCUGUCUGAGAGUGAGGACAGCGUGGGGAAGACGGAGAGAAGUGACAGGGGCACCAGGGUGAAGCGCAGACUGAGCUCUCUCCGCUGUCGUGUCACCAGGCAGAAGGAGAAGGGCAAGAGCCCAGUGCUUCUGAAGGACAAGAGUCAGGAUGCUCGAGAGAGGAAGGAAUGUGUCAACGGGCACCAGCUGGCUCGAGGAACCGUCUUUGGCCACUCCAGCUGCCCCCUGUGUGGCAAACCUUUUCUGAGCUCUGCAUCCCUGAAGGAGCACCCAAGGGCCACCCUCCUGUCCGAUGGCAGCCCGGGCCUGUCCAGGAAUGUCGGCAUGACGGUCUUGCAGAAGGGGGGUCCACAGCCAGCACCCAGCCUGGCGGGAACAGGGUCGAGACUCGGACCAGUCACAGGAGAGAUGGAUGAAGCCGACUCUGCGUUUCUAAAAUUUAAGCAGGCAGCUGAUGACUCUGUUUCACUUACAUCUUCGAAUGCCGAGUCCAUUUUUGUAGAAGACCCCUACACUGCCUCGCUGAAGAGUGAGGUUGAAGCAGACGCCCACGAGUUCGAGGCCGAGUCCUGGAGCCUCUCGGUGGACCCAGCAUACAUGAAGAAACAGAAGAGGGAGGUGGUGAAGAGGCAGGAUGUGCUUUACGAGCUGAUGCAGACGGAGGCCCACCACGUGCGCACACUCAAGAUCAUGCUGAAAGUCUACUCCCGGGCCCUGCGCGAGGAGCUGCAGUUCAGCCCUAAGGCCGUCAGCCACCUCUUCCCUGGCGCGGACGACCUGCUGGAGCUGCACAGCCACUUCUUGUCUCGGCUGAAGGAGCGCCGCCAGGAGUCCCUGGAGGAGGGCAGUGACCGCAACUACAUCAUCCAGAAAAUCGGGGACCUCCUGGUACAGCAGUUUUCAGGUGAAAAUGGGGAGAGAAUGAAAGAAAAAUACGGUGUCUUUUGUAGUGGCCACAACGAAGCCGUCAAUCACUACAAGUUGCUGCUGCAACAAAACAAGAAAUUUCAAAACUUGAUCAAGAAAAUCGGCAACUUUUCCAUCGUGAGGCGGCUUGGCGUGCAGGAGUGUAUUCUUCUGGUCACCCAGCGCAUAACCAAGUACCCCGUGCUGGUGGAGCGCAUUAUUCAGAACACAGAAGCUGGCUCCGAGGAAAACAAAGACCUGACUCAGGCCCUGAACCUCAUCAGAGACAUCAUCUCACAAGUGGACGCCAGGGUCAGCGAGUGUGAGAAGGGCCAGCGCCUCAAGGAGAUCACGGGGAAGAUGGACCUGAAGUCAUCCAGCAAGCUCAAGAACGGGCUGACCUUCCGCAAGGAGGACAUGCUGCAGCGGCAGCUCCACCUGGAGGGCACGCUGUGCUGGAAGACCACGUCAGGGCGCCUGAAAGAUGUCCUUGCCGUCCUCUUGACGGACGUGCUUCUGCUGCUACAAGAAAAGGAUCAAAAAUACGUCUUUGCUUCUGUGGACUCCAAGCGCCCCGUCAUCUCGCUGCAAAAGCUUAUUGUGAGGGAAGUGGCCAACGAGGAGAAAGCCAUGUUUCUCAUCAGCGCCUCCCUGCACGGGCCUGAGAUGUACGAGAUUUACACCAGCUCCAAGGAGGAGAGGAACACGUGGAUGGCCCACAUCCGAAGGGCCGUGGAGAGCUGUCCGGACGAGGAGGAGGGGCCCUUCAGCGAGGCCCGCACCAUGAGGCUGAGGGAAUUCCAAGAGCAACUGAAUGUGAAAGACCAGCAGAUCGCACAGAGCCUCAGCGAGAAGCAACAGAUCUACCUGGAGAUGGCCGAGAUGAGUGGCCUCGAGGACCUUGCCCAGCCGCGGCUCCUCUUCCGGGGAGGAGACCCCCCUGGGAACCUGCAGGGGGAGCUGAUUCUCAAGUCAGCCAUGAGCGAGAUCGAGGACAUCCAGAGCCUGAUCUGCCGGCAGCUUGGCAGCGCGGAAGACGGGAGUGGCUGUGGGGUCCUGGCCCGGAGAGUGGAGAGCUCCGGGGGCCACGACAGCGCAGGCAACCCCGGCAAGAAUGGCAGUUAUCAGAAGAAAGUCUGCAGCAGUGACCCAGGUCCCCGAGACCCACAGGGCCCCGCGGGCAGCCCAGACUGGAAGCUCGGCGACACCCCAGGGGCCUCGGAGGAAGCGCCGCAGGCGGGAGAGGUGCCAGGUGCAGAGCCCGGGCCCCGGCUGCCUGCUGUCCUAGAGUCAGAGCUUGUCCAUCGGAUCCAGACGCUGUCCCAGCUGCUCCUCAGCCUCCAGGCCGUCAUUGCCCAGCAGGACAGCUACGUGGAGAUGCAGAGGGCCACCAUCCAGGAACGUGAGAAGCAGUUCCGGCUGCAGUCAACCCGAGGGAACCUGCUGCUGGAGCAGGAGCGGCAGCGCAACUUCGAGAAGCAACGGGAGGAGCUGGCGGGCGUGCAGAAGCUGCAGGGCCAGCUGCGCCUGGAGCAGCAGCGCUGGGAGCGCGAGCGGGAACACCAGCGCCGGGAGCUGGACCUGGCCUCGGCGCGCCUGCAGCAGCGCGAGAGCGAAUCGCAACAGCUGCAGGAGCGGCUGAGCCAGGAGCGCGAGGAGCUGGAGCGCCAGCGGGAGGCCUACCAGCAUGACCUGGAGCGGCUGCGCGAGGCCCAGCGCGCGGUGGAGCGGGAGCGCGAGCGGCUAGAGCUGCUGCGCAGGCUCAAGAAGCAGAACACGGUGCCUGGGGCGCUGCCGCCUGAGGCCCUGGCAGAGGCCCAGCCCCCAAGCCACACUCCCAGCUUCAACGGGGAAGGGCUGGAAGGGCCCGCGGCCCUAACCAAAGCGCCAGGACCCCGAGUGAGCACGCUGCUGUCUGGCGCUGGGCCAGAGUACCUGGAUCGCUCAGAGGUUGCCCGCAGGGAUAGUGCCCCGGCUGAGGGCCGGCCAGCCAAGAGUGAUGUGCCCAUCCAGCUGCUCAGUGCCACCAACCAGAUCCAGAGGCAGGCAGCCGUGCAGCAGCAGAUCCCCACCAAGCUGGCCGCCUCCACCAAGGGUGGCAAGGACAAGGGCAGCAAGAGCCGGGGCUCACAGCGCUGGGAGAGCUCAGCCUCUUUUGACCUGAAGCAGCCACUGCUUUUCAACAAGCUCAUGGGCAAAGAGGAGAACACGUCUCGGAACCGCCGCUCACUGAGUCCUGUCCUGCUCAGCUCCACACCCCCCUCAGACCCCUGCCUCCCAGCCCCAAACCCAGCCCCGGCUGACGUCCCCGCCGAGUACUUCUCUGUCAAGGCCUGGGGGGCAGCCUUCCCACCCGUGGCCCUGUCCUCCACACCACUGGACAAGGAAGAAGCCGGCAAGGAAGAUGUCAUUUUCUUCUAGAGGCUGUGGCUCAAGGUGCAGACCCCUCCCUGUGUUGUCGACCAUCGUGCUCUCUGGGGACCUGUGCCACUAUCCCUCUCCCCUUCCCAAACAGGCCUCUGCCGCCAACUACUGGGCUGGGGCUGGCCUGCCAUCUGUAGGAUUAGCAGUGGUGCCCAGGCAACUUUGAAAACCUAUUUUUUAAUACAAAAAGAAAAGGUUUUAAUUGAAGCUGAACCGGAGCUAACCCACAGAGCUGUAAUCGCAGCGCCCCCGUGCAGAGAGGAGAGACCAACACCAGACUGUCUUUCCAAGAUAGUGACCGAGUGUGGUGGUUCCACAAGGAGCACAGUGACAGGCCAGACCCUGACCUGAGGAGGUGCUGCCCCCCAGGUCAGGCACUACGGCCACUAGGAGACACUGGAGCAUGUCACUGUGGCACCAGACGGGGCCCGGUGAUGUUGGCUCUGUCUGUCCACAGAAUCAGGCAGAAUCGACUUCCAAAGCAGAGACUUGCGUGGGUUCGUGGUGAACUUCAAGGCCAGGAUGCGAGCCCAGGCAAGGGGCAGCACACAGCUCUCCCAAGGCAGGGCGGCUGGAGAGUCCAGCCAGUAGCUCGCUGGCUAGCUCUGCAGGCCCUGUAGAGGCAGACACUCGCUGUGAAAGGGGCUGAUCUGGAAGGGACUGACUGCAACUCAUUUUCAUCUUGUGAAGGUUUUCAAAACCUGCUAUUGUCACACUCGGUGCUUUCCCGAGGGGCCUUACCAAGGUGGCAUGGUUCCACGGGCCUCUUGGACACUGGGCACCAGGGAAGCCAAGUCUAGAGCUUCAGCCAGGGCAGCACACCCUCUGGAGGGUCCCAACCCCAGGUGGAGGGUGCUCAGUGCCUAUGAGAUAGGCCAGUUCUUCCAGGGUCACCAGGGGGUAGCCCCCAGGGCUGGUGUCCCAGGACAGGGGCAGAUGUUGUAACAACUCCAGCAGUGGGGUAGAACACUAGAGGGACCACAUGUGGCCUGGUUGGUGGCUGUUGCCAGUGAGCGCACAGAUGGCUGCCACGAGGGCACCUCAUGUCCAGUGGGUUGUCGAACCAUAUUGUCCACCCUACCCCACCCCACCCCAGGAGGGCAAGGGCUACCAGUCCAGCUGCUCAGCCAUGGGUGUCUGGAAUGGUGUCACAUGUCCAGGAACAGCCUGGUGUGGCAGUGGAGUCAGACCCGUGUUCUGCCCUGGCCAAAAGCAAGGCUGGGUGCCAGGGUGGGGAAGGGGCACCCCAAGUCCCUCAUGGGACUUGGAACCCAGUAUCUCUGGAAGCAUUGGUGGGAGGUCUGGGUCCUGGGCGACACAGCCAGCCGGUGACAGGGAGCUGACAGUGGUGCCCGGCCUCUCCCAAGCUGGGCUCUGCCUCCUCGGGAACCGCCCUGACCUCACCCUUGGCCACUGGCCUUUGGCCCCAGCAGAGAGCAAGGAGCAGCGCCCCGCCCUGUGUACGUCCGGACUAUCUGUGCCAUGUCUGUGAUCAGUGUUUGUGUUUUGUACUGAGACUGAGAUUCACUGGAGCACUUUAGAAAAGUUGACUUGACUUUAAGUUCCUGUCCCGUCAUGAAGAGGAGCUUCCGGGGCCAUGCACCUCCACCCACGGGCUCUGUGCAAACCCUCCAAGAUGACUCCCCGGGUGAUAAGCAGUUCAAGGCCACGGGGUGGGAGCCAUCUGAGGAGGUUUCUGGGUGGUGCCAGCAGCAGGGCGGCGCCCUGGGCACCUCACCAGGACCCAGAGGUCACUCGCGGGUAGAGCCCAGUCUUAUUUGUCAAGUUGGGGGCCGAUGUUCCUGUUUCUGGGGGAUCUGUGCACGUUUUUGUUCAUCGUGACUGUGAUCUUAGUCCGCCCACAAUUGUUUUUCCAGUGAUUGCAGCAUCUCCUCACUGCAGGGCAUUGCAGAACCGCCCUAGAACUUAAGACCUGACUCUAGCAAUAAAGUGUCCAAGAUGAGCAGACUGAA